CUCAAAUGGGAACUGCUUGCUCUUUAAAUCAAUCAUCUAUUGAAUAAUCUCCUCAGCUACUAUUAGAUCAUUUUGAUAUCAGAGCAUAUCCUUUCUAAUGCAAUGCCAAACUAUAUACUCAUUGCCCGACCAAAUAAGACAUAUCUAAAAUCUUAAUCUAAAAAUCUAAAGAGUUUAUAGAUGACGAAUUACCUUCGGAUUCUAAUGGAUCAUUUUUGGAAAGUUCUCACAGAAGAACAGCAUCUUAAAAUACAUAACGAAACAGCCUUGAUUUCUCAAUAAAUAAGACGGAAACAUAUAAAAAAGGAAUACUUAGACGACCUUAAUCUUAAAAAACGAUAAGCUAAAAAUCCUGUUAACAAAAUUAACAGAAGAAAGUACAUUUCUAAAAGUCUAGAUUUGUCCAUAUGUGA